AUGUCGGGAGGCACAGUCAUUGCUGUGCCAGGUGAAGCUUCUGGCAUGGAAGAGCCAAAAAAGAUGACGAGGGAAGACUGGAGAAAGAAAAAGGAACUAGAAGAACAGCGUAAGUUGGGUAAUGCCCCCGCUGAAGUAGAUGAAGAAGGAAAGGAUAUCAAUCCUCACAUCCCUCAGUAUAUUUCUUCAGUCCCCUGGUAUGUGGAUCCUUCAAAAAGGCCCACUCUAAAGCACCAGAGGCCACAGGAUGAGAAGCAGAAGGAGUUCUCACAAAUGGGAGAAUGGUUCAAGAAAGGUGUUAGGGAGGGGUCAAUUGCAACAAAAUAUCGAGAGGGAGCUUGUGAGAACUGUGGUUCUAUGACACAUAAGAAGAAGGACUGCUUUGAGAGACCUCGUAGAGUUGGAGCAAAAUUCAAUGGCAUGAAUAUCGCUCCAGAUGAGUUUGAGCAGCCACAACUUAUGUUGGAUUAUGAUGGGAAAAGAGACCGGUGGAAUGGCUAUAACCCAGAAGAACACCAGAAGAUCGUAGAAGAACAUGCUAAAGUGGACUUGGCAAAACGUACAUUGAAGGCCCAGAAACUUCAAGAGGAGCUGGCCUCCGGAAAGCUUUCAGAACAAGUGAGCUCCCCAAGACACCUGUGGGGAGAAGAGGAACAGAAUGCCCAGACCGAGAGAGACCGUAACAGUGAAGAUGAGGAUGAAGAUAAAUAUGCAGAUGAUAUUGAUAUGCCGGGACAGAACUUUGAUUCCAAGCGACGAAUUUACAGUCAGAAACCUGCGCAUUCGUGAAGAUUACUGCCAAGUACUUAAGAAAUCUGAAUCCAAACUCUGCAUACUACUACGAUCCCAAAACCAGAGCCAUGAGGGAAAAUCCAUAUGCUGAUGCAGGAAAAAAUCCAGAUGAUGUCAGCUAUGCUGGUGAUAAUUUUGUACGUUAUACUGGAGACACAAUUGCUAUGGCACAGACUCAACUGUUUGCCUGGGAGGCCUAUGAUUGAAUUUUUUAAAGGUUCAGAUGUCCACCUUCAGGCUGAUCCCACCAAAUUGGAAGUUUUAUGUAAAUCGUUUAAAGUAAAGAAAGAGGACUUUAAAGAAGAACAGAAAAAGAGCAUCCUGGAAAGGUAUGGAGGUCAGAAACACCUUGAUGCUCCACCUGUGGAGCUGCUUCUGGCUCAGACUGAGGACUAUGUGGAGUAUUCCAGGCAUGGUACAGUUAUAAAGGGACAGGAGAAAGCAGUAGCACGUUCCAAAUAUGAAGAGGAUGUUCUCACCAAUAAUCACACAUGUAUUUGGGGCUCAUAUUGGAAGGAUGGAAAAUGGGGCUACAAAUGUUGUCACUCAUUUGUUAAGAUGUCUUAUUGCACUGGAGAAGCCGGGAAAAGCAUGAGUAAUACUGACCUUCUUUGUGAAGUAGGAUUUCAAAGAACCAAAGAGGAGAUGUCUAAACCAAAGACCCUAGUGGAGAUCCACCAGGAAAAGAUGAAAAAGAAAAAAAAGAAAAAGCACCGUAAGAGCGGAGAUUCUGACAGUGAAAGUGACGAGAAAAAGAAACAGGAAAAGCUAAAGAAGGCUUUGAAUGCGGAAGAGACACGUCUUAAGCAGGUACAGGAGAUGAUGCAGAUGGAUGAGAGGAAGAGAGCAUACAACAGUAUUUAUGAGACACGGGAACCCACAGAGGAAGAGAUGGAGGCAUACAGAAUGAAACGCCAAAGGCCAGAUGACCCAAUGGCCUCCUUUCUGGGGCAAUAG